AUGUCAGCUUUAUUCGACGAAAAUUCUUCAUCAUCUAGUUCCUCAGAUGAUGAAAAUAACAAGAAGGUCGAUGACAACUUCGAAAUGGACUUCAUUCCUAAAAAGAAACCUUAGGAAGCUGUAUUUGAAGAGGGAGUCAAGAACAUGAAUGACUUCUUAGAGCAAAUUAACAAAUUCGAGAAGAUCACCAAUGCCAGACUGCUUGAUCUGUGGCGAAUUAAGGACACUGCCUUUCAACCUUUGAAGGUAUCUAUAGACAUCUAAGAAUAUAUGCCUGGUCUGUUUGAUCUGCUUAAGCCAGAAUAAAAGAACGAAAUAUCUAAGGUCAUCUCAGUGUUCUCAUUCUUGCAGAUCGAGACCUUCAACUUGAAAUUUGAGAUUGAGCAGAAGUUCUUUGACCCACUUAUCUAUUUCGGGGAAAGUGGACUUGUCUUCGAAGAUGCUAGUGAGGACACUGCUGGAGACCAAGAGAUCCAAAUGUCUCGGAUGCUCGCAGUUUACAAGGAUCUCUUCGAGACCAUCAAGAGAAUCGUAGCAUUGACCAAAAAUAUACUGUAUCAGAUGAAUGGACUGUUCAAUGCAAAGUCAAAGCUCUACUCUGGAUUCUUUAAGAAACAACUCUAUGAAGAGAUUUUUAACAAUCUCGGUCAGAUUCUUACCACUUUGUACAUUGUCGAUUUGAUCAUUAUUGAAAACUCAAACUUUGAAGCAUAUUGGCAACAGUACAACAAGAUGUUCUUGAUUGCUAAAAAUGACCCUGCUAAGUACAAUAUGACAGACAGAAAAAUUAAGAAGAUCCAGAAAUUCUGUAGUAAGAUCUAUUCCAACAUCCUUUGUGGCCAGCUUUUCGUUAACUACUUAGACCAGCUUUACAAAGUCAUCUUGAAUGAGACUGGCAGAGAACUGCUUUUUAAAAACAAAGAGUUCAAUAGCAAAUUCAUUGAGUUCUUGAAGAGAAAAAUAGAUGAUAUCGGAAUGCUUCUAUCAAAUCCGGGAGAUAUGAAGUCACAUAUGGAAUACAUGAAUCUGCUGAUUAUGUACUCACUCUAUAGAAAGAUAUUUGACAAUGAGGACAAGAAAAUCUAUAAGAAGAUUUGGGCUUUGUAAAAACUCUGUCCAAUCAUAGUGCUCUACAACAAUAUUCAAGUCAAUGCCGGUAACUUCUUAGUUAAUGUUUGCCCGCUCAAGAAAAAAGCAACAUUAGAUCCAAAAGAUAUCAACUCAUUCUUAGCUGAAUAAACUAAAUCCAAAAAUGAGUAGUUCUCAACCUAAAUGAACUUAUUCUAUUUAAGGCUGGUGCCUUGGAUAGUCAAAAUGAACUCUGACUUGCUUAAAGAUAAUACUAACAUGACUAUGAAUAAAGAUUUUCUUAAGCAAAGAUCUAUCAUGAUUUUAGAUGGAAUCAAACUGGCUGUUGAGAUCAAAAGAUGUGUCAAGAAUCUCUUACUGAUGCACUAAGCCACAGGAGUUUAGCUGCAUUAAGAUAGACUUAAGGAUAUUGUCUAGGGCAUUGAAAUGCUUAAAGCCAUUGAAAUCGAGUUCAAGACAAAGAAGUACAUGAUCAAUCAAUGGGUAGUGCUGAUAAAUCGUUAUCUUUCUGAGGAAAUUAACAUGGUUUUGCAAAAGGGAAUGCAGAAUUUAUACAAGAAGAAGAAAUCCUCUUCCUUUGAAUAGAUGUUCUAUUUGAUGAAGACUAUUAUCGGCUCAUUCAAUGGAGGCUACAAUAUCCUUCGUAAAACUGUAGUUUCUCACUGCAAAAACCUAGUCAAUGAAGAGGUCUUCUCAAAGAGUGAGCACAACGAAUUGUCCAACUUUACCUGGAUGAUUGACAUUAUUACCAACUGGGAAUGGUACGUCAGAAAAUCAACCAGAUGCAGAUUCCUUUACUGGAAUAGAUCACUUUUCCCUAUAUUCUUCUAAAAGAUCGUUGCUGAUAAACACAGACUUAAUUAGCUCAACUACUUCCUCAUGUCAUUAAACGAUCCACUUGACAUGAUCAUUAACAUUAAGCAUCUUGACACUUCCUAAAGAGCCAUAGACAACUACAAAAAGGAAAUUUAUCAGGCUUUCACUUCUAAUAUUGUUACUCCUAUUUGCAGGAAGAUUGAAGAGGAGUUACGUUUACAGAUCCAUUAGGUCAUCAUCAGCAACUUGAAACAAAGAAAUCCACAGAGAGAACGCAUUUAAGACUGGGCUAUGUACACAAGAAUGAGUGAUCUGUACUUGUUUGAAAAGAAAGUGAGCAUCAAGGAGGAAGUCAGACACUAUCUAAGCAAAAUAUUCUAUGAAAUGACUGCACUCUCACCACAUGACUGGAAGACUUAUCAGCACAUGCGUAUCCUUGCCAAGGAAAAGUUUGACAUUGACGUGCUUCCCUCUCAUUUACCCUCGCAGACUUUAGAAUAGGGCGUGGAUAUAUUGUAUUUACUCAGAAAUCUGAACAGCUAUGUCUCAAAGUAUAACUAUAACCUGCACACUCAGGUAUUUAUUGAGACCACCAAAGACACAAAACAGAUUAAAACUAUUUCAGUGAAUCAAAUGCUAUUUUCAAUCAAGACUCAUGGAGUGGGUAUUCUGGACUCAGCAGUGAACACUUUCUAUAAGUUCUUGAUUAAGAAAUUCAGCGUGUUUAGUGAGUUCUUAUACGAUGAUUUCAUUCAUAAUCCAUUAUUGCAAGAGUAGAGGUUCUUCAACACUAAUAAGGAGAAAUUAAAUGGCCAGUAUCCCUAUGAAAGAUCAGAAAAAGUUGCCAAAGCAAUUAAGAAAUUAGGAACACUUAAGGGUGGCAUGACAUUCUUAGACAAAUUUAGACAGCUUAUCACUCAGUUUGGUAAUGCUCUUGGUUUCGUAAGAAUGAUCAGAAAUGCUUCUCUCAAGGAUAAUUCUAACCUUAUCAAAUAUAUCCCUAAGAUUUUAGACGAAGUUAAGUUUGAAGAUGUGGCAACUGAACUUGGCAUUAAAUUGGAAAGCAUGGAGGCAUGCAAAAUGUUUGACAUGUCAAUCAGACUAUUGUAGAACUAGGCUGGAGAUGCAACUGAUUUCCUUAGAAGAAUAGGCAAAAACUUUGAGGGUGUGUUUGACGACGCUGAAUGCGCACAUCUCAAACUAUUCUAUAUCAUUAUACCCCCACUUACUCUAAACUACAUAGAGUAUAUCAAAAAGGGUAAAGAAAAGAUAUUUAAAAAGAACAAUAAGGAUGCUUUUAUUUCAGAGGAUGGAUUCCCAUUAGGUUUGGCUUAUUUGUUGAAGAUUUUGGAUUAGAUUGAGGCUUUUGAAGGUUUGAAUUGGUUCGAACACAUGAAGCAGAAGUUCAAGAGAGACCAAAAGGGUAUUCAAUAGAGAAUUGAGAGACUUGGUGGGGCUAUUUAGAAUUUGAAUGAAGAUGAGUAACUUGAAGAUCAAAUGUCAAUCAAGAGACUCUAGGAUUUAGACAAGGAAUUCGAGCUUUUGAACUAUUGCUUCUCAGCUUCCCUCAUCCUUUUCAAGGAAAUUUGA